AUGUUGACACCAGCAACCAUCAACAUCCAGUCGUUCUUCUACCCGAUAGGGAACACACCUGCGAUCUCCCUCACCCAGUCCCUACCCCCUGGUGACCCUGCCAACAUCCUGCUUCUCGGAUGCCGCAAGCUGGAUAUAACCUGCUGCGACAAUCAAAAGGCCGUCAUAGCUCGCAAUGCACUACUUUUGUCGCUCAUCAUCGACAAUAACGAUGGCCAGAACGAUAACUCCCUUUGGAACAUAUACUAUCAUAUGUAUCUGGAUCAACGAGACCUUGACCUUCUACGCUCCCAGAGCAAGAUGCUUUACGAACUCUCGACUACUAUGGAGACUUGGCAACAGGGCAAGUACGGACGUUGCCUAAGUUUCUGCGAUUGUGCCACGCUUGCCGAUGUUCGUAAAAUGUGGGCGUUUUACAGCGUCGAGCAGAAGGGAGCCGAGUCUGCUCGCUUCAAAGAUCACUUUCAGUCCGUCCUCGACAAAGUGAAGGCAAGACAUCAGAACCGUGUCGAUCUCGGUAGCAUCAAUUUGACUGGAUUGCGCUCAGCCUCCCCAGCUCAUCUUGGCUGCCUACAAGAUCUCAAUACUCUCAACCAACAUUACUGGAAGUGCGGAACUACAGAGUUAAAGGCGGACAUCAGAUCAGCUGCCACACACCCAAAUCCCGCCUUUCUUACCCUCGGAGACGGAGCUGUCAUACACUAUGGCACUGACCCUCUACUUGGCUUUCAUCUUGCGGCAGUUGAUGCUCCCCUUGACUCAACUGAUGCUGCUGUUAACGAUCUCCCGCGGCAUGAGAAGUAUGCAGCUCUUGCUCGUGCCGAAUUUCGUGAAUGGUUGGCAUCGUACAGAGAACAAUUUCCUAAGAAUGAUGUCAGAGUGCGGUUUUUCACCGGUGAUGCGAUAUCGUUUGCACAUACUCUGCAACGCAAACGGGUGACAUCCGAAAUCACAGCUCAUUGGUACCGCGACCGAUAUGGAGUUCGGCCACUCGUGCUAGACGGUUCUGAUUAUGCUCCCGGUGCUCGAGCUCCUGUCCAAUUUGAUGUGAUAGACACUUCCAAUCUUUGUGAUCAUCUGGGCUCACUGACGCUUUUGACCGCAACCUCCCCAUUGUUGCGUGAUGAUGUUUCAGCUGUUCUGUACACCGAAGUCCUUGCCAGGAAUCAUAAAGGUUACAAAGAAGUGCUUGAUCAAGUGUUGUGUGGCCAUGUACCUACUCUCUCUACGCUUCUCGGCCUGUUCCCAGUCGAAUACUGGAGCAAUACCUCGCCUAUCCCUAUCGCUGACGAAAUGAUGUUGGACACGCUCAUGGGGGGACUAUCCGAGAACCCAAAAACCAGUCUACAAGGAGGCCAGAUGUUCCUCAGGACUUCCUGGAAGCGCGAACUUUGCAUGAGCUCGGCUAUGACACCAUCGCCUCGAAGCAUUCCACUUCGCUUCGAUCCAAAACUACUCGCAAAGACCCUUUAUAAAGUCUACGUCCAUAUGUUUCUUGACGAAGACUGGGCAUACCGAUUGUCCAACUUUGAUGUGGAUAGUGUCCAAAAGUCCGCGCUUGUAUGGUAUCAACGUUCUAGUUUUGUGUCGUUCCUCCGCUUGGUUCAAACCCGAGUCACAUGUAAUUGGGAUGCAGUGAUGGAAAGCACCAUGGACCUCAUCGAGGGCAGGUCCAAUGCACCAAUGGGAAUGAACUACUACCAAGAGCUCAACGUAUAUCUUCACAUGCUCGGUGUCUACUCUACAGACGUCAUGAAAGGCUGGAGCAAGCGUGACGAGGGUCUAACUUUAACACCAUUCCUAUCUUCUGUCAGACCUAUGGAUGAAAAAUGGGGAGACUUGCGAGACUGGAAAAACAUACCACCAGUUGUCUGUGUCACUUUCAGGAUCCCGCGUAACAAGCUCACAGUGUUCACCAAUAUGGAUCUCCAAAGGCUAGGUACACCUCCUGUUCACUGCCUACUUCAGGGUUCUGGCGGAUUCAGAAUGAGGGGGUGGCAAAACAUUUUCCCGGCUUGUCAGUUAUCAUUUGGAGAGGUGUCCACUCUUGGAAAGCCCUAUGAUGACUCCUAUGAGAUUUCUGUGCAAGAGGAUGAUGCAGGUUGGAGUGGAACGUCGCCUCUAAUCGCGUCCUUCUUUGCGACGACCUUCCAGUUGCUUCAGCAGCCCCGAGAUGUCCUAGUUGCCCUUGGAGUCCAUAACUCACCAGCAACUGUUGCUAACUUCCUUUCGAAGCUUGGCUUUACACUGAACGUGUAUGAAACCACCCUCGAUAACUCGGACGCAGUCCACGUUACACGUUUUGCGCCCAAUCAGAAAGGCUUUCCAGUUGUGACUGGAUUUACUCGAACAGCACCAGCAAGCGAUAUUGGAACAGGAGCAGAGGCCUCAUUGAUCGCGGCUGUUGACCAAAAAACAGGAGCCAUGACAAGUCUUACCGGCCGACUGGACAUCAUGUCUAGCGACCUGAAACAGGCCCUUACCAGUGGGUGUGAGGUCAAGAAAUCGAUUGUGUCACCAUGCGAAGUGGCCAUAUCGCUAGGGCGGAGCUUGCCCCUAGGUCUAUGCUUUCCCGUUUCUAUUCAGCAAUCUUAUCAAAAAUUGAGGAUCGCCCGGAAGUCAUCCUACAUCGAAGUUGUUACACAAGUAGCAGAUAGUUCCGAGUGGAUGGAAUAUCCAGAAUACAUGUUUCCCGUUCGUGCUCAAUCUGGGAAGCCGGUGAAUUUCAAUAUGCCCUACCUCAAUCUGCAGAAAUGUCCCGUCAUCCAGAUCACGCAAAAUAGUAGACUGCAGUGGCUGGUUCCUCAUCUCUCAUUGGCCAUGUCAGCCAGGGAACGAGCAUUGCGUGAGAAAGAGGACGUGCCAAGAUCCGCAGGCGAGCAAGUCCGUCUAAACUUCAAGGAAUCCAUCUUCUCCAUCUUUGUUCAAUUUGCCGGGCUACAGGGCACCAAGAGUCGGGUAUUCUACCUCAACAACGCCGCGAACGGUGGCGCCCAUGUCAUCAUCCUGGCGAGCGCUCUACGCCUAGACCUUUCUAACCGUGCUGUCGUGCUCGACUGCGCUAUUCUUCCUUUACACAAUGCGUUGAUGCCUGAUAUCAUGGGUUCACUGGCUAAGCUGCACGCAUUCGGUGUCAUCGUAGUCCAAGUAGACGACGCAGAGAUGCGGCUUUGGCGACACGCUCUGCCCGCAUACGUGGAACGCUGUCGAGAUUGGACUCAUCGAGACGACUGCGAGUACGCGAUUUCCUGCUCAGUCCCCCUGAAUGCCGAGAAUGGAAAGCGCGUGCUAUGCUCGUGCGGCAGCGGGAAACUCCCUUCAAAUUUCAUCAGCAACGUUCCAGGCUGGAAAGGAUUGUCCAAGUAUGCCGUCCGGGCCACCAUCUCGCCCGCGUUCUGGGCUCCUUUCGCGGAUGACAUGUACUCUCCCGACCUGGGCAACCUGGGCAAGAAGAACGUUGUGGAUGUUAGGAAGACAUCUGUUGAUGGUGGAUGUGCGUCCUGUGGCAAGAACAAACAGGCUGAUGGGGGCAUCUACAUCGUGAUGUGGGAGAGUGCCGUGCAGUAUGACAAAGGCAAACCUUGGGUUAAUUAA